CAUGCCACAAUCUAAUAAAUCAGAGCCUCCAGCUCGUGAAAUUGCAUCAGCUCGAAAAACUAUAACAGAACAAGAUCGACAACUAGCAGAAUCUGCUUUUAGUCAAUUUAAAUCUGCAAAUUAUGAGGGUUGUUCCCAACAAUUGAAGAAGUUAACUGAGGUCCGUCCUCAUGAUGCAAGAGUUGCUGCAAACAAAGCAGUUGUGGAGUAUUAUGUUUCAAAGUUCAGCAAAACUGAUGAUUUUAUGAAACAACUCAAUGCAGUAAAAAAACAGCUUGAGUUUGGUAUGGUCAACACUGGUGAUGAGUUAGAUGAUAUUGAUAGAAGUUUUCUUCUUUAUAACCAAGCUGUAUUAAAUUUUCAUAUGAAGCAAUACAAAACUGCAAUCAACAUAUUAGAAAGAUUAUUUAAAAUAAUUGAACCUCUUGGGGAUGCAUUGGCAGCUAAAGUAUGCACUCUUCUAGUGGAAGCGUAUUUGCUAAAUUAUCAACUUGAGCAAGCUUAUGGCAUGAUUUCGUAUAUUGAGUCAGUUGUUCUCCCACAGACGAUAAGCAACGGGGAAGCUUCAAAUCAAGGCCAGCCGGAAAAAGGGGGAAAAAUGCUUCAAACUAGACUUCACAUGUUCAAAGUUCGACUUUUCAUGAUGAGAGGGUUAUACAAUCAAUGCAAACGAGAAUUAAAACUUGCUAUGAACAGCAGUAACAAUUCUGUGGAAGCUUUAUUUUUAAAAAGCAAUGUUGAAUGCAUAAGGGGUAACCAUCAAAAAGCGAUAAAGCUACUGAACAGUGCGCCAAAAACUGACAACUAUCUCCAAACAGGGCUUCCACUACCAGUCAUGUAUUACAAUAACUUAUCAACGAUACAUUUCAUGUUGAAGAAGUAUAACUUGGCGGUUUUGUAUUCCAAAAAAGCGUUGGAUGAAAAUAUUGUUAUCAUGAAGACGUUACCUUUAAUGGAAAAAGUUGGCCAGUAUUCUGGGAGACCUCUUCAAACACUUGCUAUAAACAGAAGGGCUGAGCUCUUAUAUAAUUUCAGCCUUUCAUUGUUAUUUUCCAAUAAACCAGCCCAGGCGUUUGAAUACUUCAUAGAAAUACAAUCAGUUUAUCAGUGCAAUCCAAGGUACUGGCUGCGGUUGGCAGAAUGUUGCAUUAUGCGCACACAGCAGGCACGUAAAAACACUGAAAAUGCAGAAAAUAAGAAAAAUCAACACGUCCAACUUGUAAUUGGUUCAGGUCCUCAUCGAAAGAUUGUGUUGUCUCCAAUUUUGCAUCAUGUUUCUGAGCUAAGACAACAAGGUCAAUCAGCAGCAAUACCGGUGCCCACACUUGACUUUGCCAACCUUUGUUUAAGUAAUGCCUUACUAUUGAUGCCUUCAGAACGUGAUCUUGAAACAGCUAUGAUGACGUGCUUACAGAAUGAACGUGUUGUACCUGGCGAUGAUGAUAAAGAGUCUGAAAAAAGAAGUUUUAUACAUGUUGAUGUACCCCCUGGUGAUCCAAUACAAACAAAGGAGGCAUAUCGUUUAAGGGCGUCUAUAUUGUGUUGUCAUGCUUACGUGGCAUUGAGGCUGGCAGAAUAUUACAAAAGCAUUAAAUAUUCAAAAAUUCUGUUGAGGAUGGCACAUAUAUCGUCACACAAAAGGUAUUUAGCUCGAAUGUAUCUGGCGGAAUCACUCAUCAAAUUAGAUAAAGUCAAUGAAGCGAUUCAGGAAUUGUCGCCCGAAAAUUUUAAGUUGAUGACGUCAUAUGAUCAAGAUGUUGCCAGUGUGAAGUGUUCGAAUGCUUUUCCGAAUAACUUAACUGAAGGGAGAGCUUUGAUGGCGUUAAAUGUUGCAAGUGCUUAUUGUUUGAGAGCAGCGUAUGAUAAGUGUAAACAAAUGCUUAGACAGAUUGUGGCACCGGACAUACCUAUGUAUGCGAAAACGCACGCAAUUUUAUUGUCAGUGUACUGCGAUUUACAGAUGGGUCAAACUUCGUCGGCUUUAAACCUUAUUAAACGGAGCGAGAUCAUUCCAUCUGGUCGCCUAAUUGAUCGUGUGGAAGCAGCUAGAGCAAUGUCCGACAUGCAGCAGAUGUCUCUCAUGCAGCAACAAAUGCGGUCUAUGGUUGGUUUACAAGCAGCUGCACCACCCACUGGCACGUUCUUACCGAACACGCAAUCUUCUGGCUUUUCUAAUGUUGUUCAGCCACCAACUGGAUUUCAAAACAAUAUACAACCACCUAUUGGGUUCCCGCCUGGUGUCCAACCCCCUAUCGGAUAUUCUGCGAAUUUGCAACAACCGGUUGGCUUUCAAGGUGGACUGGAGAACAGGUAGUUGGCUUUCAAUGUUGAUAUGCAGUCGUGCGAUAGACGUCUUUGCUGUGCUGCAAUAAACUACGAUGUACACAGCGUGAUAAUAACGUCUAAGGAGUGUUGUCGUUUGUUUUCGCGGCGUGACGUGAAAAUGACAUCUAAAGAAUGUUGUCGUUCUUGUUUCCAUUCUAUGUUAAUUAUUUUUUGUUUUAUGUAAAAUGCAGGAAAAUUUAAUUAGAAAAUAA